AUAAGAGGUCUAAGCUGCAAUUUGCUCUGUUCAUUUCUUCUCCUUCCCUUCUGUUUCCUGUUUUUCUGGACUGUCCUUUCUGAUUCCUCUUCCCUCUCUGACAGUAAAAUCGUAAUUUGUCAGUAGAAUGGAAGUGAUGAUUCCAUCGCCGCCGGCGGAAUUUAAUUUCAUCAGUGCACCUUCUAGUCCUAAGGGUUUUGGGACUUUCUUUUACAGCGCCGCCGAAGUUGGAGCCGGCGGUAGAGCUCCGUUCGAUUGGGAAGAGGAGGCCGGAGUUCGGAAUCCCAAAGACGAUUGCAGCGAUGAUUUUGCUUUUGAUUUUAGCGGGCAGUUGGAGAUGACCCACAUCUCUGCCGCCGAUGAACUCUUCGACGGCGGAAAGAUCAAGCCUUUGAAACCGCCGCCGGGGGUUCUGUACGACGGGAAGGAGAAAGGGUCCCCAAAAUCUCCGCGAUCGCCGAAGCGGAGGGUAAAGGACGCGUUUUCUCCCCGUCACCGGAGGAAAGAUCCCGAUCCUUUCUCCGCCGCUCUGGAACAGAGCAGGAAAGAUAACGACGGCGACGACCCAUCAAUUCAACGGCGAGGAAGAGAAAGACAGGGUAAUCCGACAGCCGCCGGUUGGAAUUCUCGGCGAAAAAAGACAAGAUCUUUGUCCCCAUUUCGCGCAACGAAUUUGUUAAUCGACAGAGAUGAAACAAAUGAAAGGGACAACAACAACCCCUGUUCACCGUCGCAGUCGUCGAUCGCGACGUGGUACAGAAAAUGGAAGCUGAAGGAUCUUUUACUGUUCCGGAGCGCGUCGGAGGGGCGGGCGAGCAGCAAAGAGAUGAACAUGAUGGUGGCGGCCAGAUACGCAAUGCUAAAGAAGAGCCAGCAGGAAGAUGUGAAGAACUCGAGUUUCCGGUCGACGGAGAGCGUGGGGUCGUCGUCGUCGCGGCGGAGAGGGCCGGUGUCGGCUCAUGAGCUGCACUACACUAUGAACCGGGCGGCGUCGGAGGAGAUGAAAAGGAAGACAUACUUGCCGUACAAGCAAGGACUCCUUGGAUGCUUGGGCUUUCACCCGGCGGCGGCGGUGUCUGAUUUUUCUAGGGGUCUUGCUUCCAUGUCCAUGCCACGAAGUCGUUAGCAAUCAUCUUUCAGAAUUUUCCUUGGAUGCUUGGGCUUGCACUAUUCACAUGUUCUACUUUGACUACGUUUUAUUUAUUAAUGUAAUAAUAUAUAUUUUUGAAAAAAAUAUUGUUAAAUUUUUCUCAUUAUAAAUUUUCAAAAUCUAUUUUUUAAACUUUUUUUACUAAUCGGGAAUUAUAUAUAUUAAUGGUCAAAGUUGUGCCUCGGCAAAUGUGAAAUGUUGACUGUUGCAUUUAUUUAAGAACGGAGGAAGUAUUUAUUUAUUUAGUUUGUACUCCUAAGUGAAAUUACAAUAUUUCAAAAAAAAAAGAAUUUUGCUUGCAACACCUUAGUGAAAUUAAAAAUAAUACUCCCUCCGUCCCAUAAUUAUCUUCAUUCUUUCCUUUUUGGUCCGUCCCAAAUUUAUCUCCUCUUUCCCUUUUUAGCAAAGGAUUUGUGGUUCACAACCAUUCUUACACAUUUCUCUCUCCUCUGCACAACUCUCCACCACACAUUUCCCACUUUCUUAAUCUCCGUGCCCAGUCAAAACCGAAGUUAAUUCUGGGACGGAGGGAGUACGUAGUAAUUUGAAAGUUUGAGGGGAAUAUUACUUGUAAAGUUUUCCUUAUGAUUAUGAUUAUUAGGUAGUAAAGUACAUCCAUCAAUUUUGUAAUGUUCUUCCAUCCGGCCAAAUCCGUUUGAGAGUCUUUCGAGUCAUUUUUUGAUGAAUUCUUUUGAACA